AUGACUAUGCUCAUCCUUGCAAAUGCACUCUACUUCAAAGGAGUUUGGGCUUCAAAAUUCAAACCGUCUCUAACCAAAGUCCACGACUUCUUCCUCUUGAACGGAAGUUCGGUCCGUGUCCCCUUCAUGACCAGCUCCAACCCCUUCAUGACCAGCUCCAAGAACCAAUUCGCGCGUGCCUUUGACGAUUUUAAGGUUCUGAAGCUACCGUACGAAGAGGGCCAGGACACGCGGAAAUUCUCCAUGUACUUCUUUCUUCCCAAUGCCAGGGAUGGCUUGCGGGCGCUCGUCGAGAAAUUCGGCUCGAUUUCUGGGUUCAUAGAGCACCACAGGCCACAUCGAAGGGUGAAAAUGGGGGAUUUUCGUCUCCCCAAGUUUAAAAUAAGCUUCGAUUUUGAGGCUUCGGAUUUUUUUAAAAGUCAAGGAUUGGUUCUCCCUUUUCUCGGUGGUUUGACCGAGAUGGUUUACCCUAACCCGUAUGAUCCACUCGAAAUCUCCGGCUUUUUUCAUAAGGCAUACGUAGAGGUGGGCGAACAGGGCACGGAGGCUGCAGCAGUGGUGAAAGGCCUGCCCUGUGGUUGUUCGAGGUACCGGCCUCCACCUGUGGACGUGUUUGACUUUGUAGCUGACCAUCCUUUUCUCUUUGUAAUAAGGGAGGAGACCAGUGGUGUUGUUCUCUUUGUUGGGCAACUUGUGAAUCCUCUGCUGCCUGUGUAA